UUUUUGCUCUUGGAGACAUGCUGCUGGCUUCCACAGAGCCAGUUCGCACAGCGAUCAUUCAGAUUGGGAAAGCAUCUGUAGUGGAAGGAGAAAAGGUUGAAUUCAAAUGUGUAAUAUCAGCUGAGCACGGAGAACAAGCAGAGAACAAGGAGAGGAAUUGGUUCCAUUUAUAUAAAAACAGAGAGAAGAUCAGCUCACUGCCGGAGCCUGGAGGAAGGGGAGCUGUCACAUUUACAAAACAAGACAUCACAAAGAAUGAUGCUGGAAACUAUACCUGCAUGUAUGGGAAUGAGAAUCCAGGAGAUGUGAAAAACAUUAGCCAUGGCUCUUCAGUUUAUCUCAAUGUACAAGAGUUAAGCUAUCAGCUCACACUUCAGCUAGACAAACACAACCCAAUGGAAGGAAUGGAUGUAUCAUUUAAAUGUAUGAUACCAGCUGACCUCAGAGAUGCAGCAGGAGAAGAGGGUUUUUUUCAUCUAUAUAAAGAUGGAAGCCGUGUCGAUUCACAAGCCGCUCCCAAAGGCUUACCAGUUGUAGCGUUUGCCUUUAAAAAUGUUAAGAGGAGUGAUACUGGAAGCUACACCUGUGUGUAUGGGAAAGAGAAGCUUGUGAACUCAGCAAACAGCAAACGCAGUCGGCCAGUCUACCUUCAUGUGACAGAAUAUAUGACAACUCCAUCCCAACAGAAACUGACAGGCAAGUCUCUUUUUGUUUGGUUUUCAAUUCAGUUUUCUGAUCUAAAUCUUUCAAUCUAA